UCGAAAGCGCCGCGGCGGGAAGGGCUGCAGACGCGGCGGGCGAUGUGGACAGGCCAGAAAGAUGGAUGAGAAUGUUGCCGAGUUUCUCCGGAGGAGCAUCUUGAAAAUCCCCUUGCAUGCGAUAAAGACCAUCCUAAAAACCUGGGACUUUCUGUCUGAAAACCAGCUGGAGACCAUAAACUUGAGGCAGAGGAAGGAAUCUCUGGCCCAGGAAAUAAUUCUGCUGUGUGAGGGAAAGAAUGCAACUCUUGAUGACAUGGCCCUCUUAGACAUCGUGUAUACUCAAGUUCAUCGGCACAAGAAGCUCUGGGAUGUCUUUGAGAUGAGUAAAGAACCAGGUGAAGAUGUCGACCUUUUUGACAUGAAACAGUUCCAAGGUUCCUUUAAGAAAAUUCUUCAGAGAGCAUUAAAAAAUGUUUCAGUCAACUUCAAAGUCGACCAGAGGAAUGCUGUGUGGAUUCGGGUUGCCUGGGGAACACAACAUUCACAACCAAACCAGUACAAACCCACUUUUGUGGUGUACUAUCCCCAGACUCCAUAUGCCUUCAUUUCUACCUGCCCUCUGAAGAGCACUGUACCCCUUCUCCAUCAGGCCCUGAAGAUUGCAAGCAAACACCAUCAGAUGGUGCACCUGAAUCUGAGAAGCCGGCACCUGGACUCACUCAAGGCUAUCGUUUUUAGAGAGUAUAACCAGAACUUUGAUAGCCACAGCACCACAGUGCCUCUUCAGGAAGAAAGCUUUGGACUAGACGUGAAUUUGGAUUCAAACAUCAUUCUUGAAAACACAGAAGAAAAAGAAAGAAUCCAAAGAGUCACUCAGGAGACAUUUGGAACCUAUUCCCAGCCACAGCUGGAAUUUGCACAGUAUAAGCUGGAGACCAGAUUCAAGAGUGACAUAAGUGGCGGCAUCUUGGCUGACAGGAAAGAACCCCUCCGGUGCCUUGUAAAGUUCUCAAGCCCACAUCUUUUGGAAGCAUUGAAAUCCUUAGCACCUGCUGGUAUAGCAGAUGCACCGCUUUCUCCACUGCUCACCUGUAUACCAAGCAAGAAAAUGAAUUAUUUUAAAAUUAGAGAUAAAUGAGAUACAUGUGGCUUUGCUCGUAUUGCACAUGGAAUCCUGAUUGUAGCCGGCUGGCUUCUGUAUAGGCUCUUGUGUUUUAGAAAUCAAUCCUUGGCAUUGGAAAGUCAGUGGUUUUAAUGUAACUAUUGGGACUGUAUAUGUCCUCCCUGUGUGCUCUUGCGCUCUUGCUCCUCUGGCCUGCUAAUUACAGUAGCUGUGGGCAUCUGAGAAGCAAUACCUCUGGCUGCUCAGCAGGUCUUGGGCCAGCUACAUAAAGGUAUAAAAGGCUUUAGCUCGGAGAAAAAUAAAGGUUGCUGUUCUUCCAACUAAAAAGAAACCUCCAUGUCUCAAUCCCGGCACCACCACCACCCCUGCCAGUCUCAGCAUCCAAGCUGCACUGGUGCGGCAAGUGGAGGUUCCACCGAGAUCUGGAAAGUGAGGAUUUGUGAACGGGGUCACUCCAUCCACCAGCUAAAUUGAGAAGUGUAUUGGAGAAGAUAAUGUGUUUUUUUUUUCUCAUCCCCAGAGAUACUCUGAGGGACACCCUCCAAAAGACUAGUAAGUAUAAAGAAGAGGCGGGAGGGUGAAUUGAAGGCCUCAAAAAGUAACUGAAACUCUGAAAGCAACAAGGCACGGAAGUAACAAGGAAGACAGCCAGAGAUUUCGUACAAACAAUAGCUCAAGUUAGCCCCUGGUUUAUUAUGGGAGGGGGUUUAAAUGUUCCAGACUGGGAACAAGCCAAGUCAGAUUAAAAGGAGUAUGUGUUUUUUCAUCCCCAGAGACGCUCUGAGGGACACCCUCUGGAAGACUAGCCAGUAGGGAAGUAAUAAAGAGGAGGCAGAAGGGUGAAUUGAAGGCCUCAAAAAUAAUGUUUACAGAUAUAUGUUAUUGUGUUGAUUGUGUUGUCUUUUGUAUUCUGGACUGGAGAAAGACAUUUGAUUCUGGGAGCUGCUAGGAAAGGUAUUUUGACUUUAAAAAUCAGGCCUAAGGAUUUGAUGCUUUGGAAAAGAGGUUCUGCUUUUGUCUCCACAGAGGAUGAGAUCCUGUGGAUUCAUUGCAAAUUUAUGUGGUUUGAUUCACCGAGCCUCCCCCCCCCCGAAAUGUUGAUGUAAAAUACCCCUAAGAAUGCAGCACACACACACACACACACACACACCCGGUCAGCAGGAAGUAGCCAGUCAGAUUGACAAUUCUCUAAAAGAUUGUUAAAGUAGGGCCCCUUCAGUGGUUCCAGGGCGGCAAGACUGCUUCCCUGCUCCUCUCCAUGCACCCUGUGCAGACGGCUGAGACUGUCAACCAGAUGGCUGAAAGAGUCAGCAAUGCUUUGGACAUUCAAAUUGAUCUUAAUGGACAUAUUCAAUUGGGCAUAUUGACCUUGAACCACAAGUGGCUCUGGUUCAGGAGCAAGUAGACUAUCUUUGGACUUUUCAACAGUUAACAUGUUCUAGCUUUUUUUAUGUUAUGUGAGUUAUGAGAGGGGUUUAGAAUACUGCUUUUAAUUUUAAUUUUACCACCCAGUUAGUACAUGCUAUUUAAGCCAUAAAUUUGGAGGAAAUCAACCAGGCUGAAUAGACUGCAUAAAUACAGCAUGAAAGGCCUAAGUACCACUUUGCAGACACCGUUGUUCCCUGUUGCCGCUUGCUGCAGCCAUGGUCAACCCCACCGUGUUCUUGGACAUCAUGGCCACAUCAUGGCCAGUGGCGAGCCCUUGGGCCGUGUCUCCUUCAAGCUAUUUGCAGACCAAGUUCCAAAGACAGCAGAAAACUUUUGUGCUCUGAGCACUGGAGAGAAGGGAUUUGGAUAUAAGGGUUCUUCCUUUCACAGGAUUAUUCCAGGAUUCAUGUGCCAGGGUGGUGACUUCAAACACCAUAAUGGCACUGGUGGCAGAUCCAUCUAUGGAGAAAAAUUUGAGGAUGAGAACUUCAUCCUGAAGCAUACAGGUCCUGGCAUCUUGUCCAUGGCAAAUGCUAGACCAAACACAAAUGGUUCCCAGUUUUUUAUCUGUACCGCCAAGACUGAGUGGCUGGAUGGCAAACAUGUGGUCUUUCGGAAGGUGAAAGAAGGCAUGAACAUUGUGGAAGCCAUGGAGCGUUUUGGGUCCAGGAAUGGCAAGACCAGCAAGAAGAUCACCAUUUCCGACUGUGGACAACUCUUAAUUCUUUUGACUUGUGGGCUUCUUUCCCACCAGACCAUUCCUUCUGUAGCUCAGGAGAGCACCCCAGCCCCAUCUGCUCGCAGUACCCUUCAUCUCUGCUCUCACUGAAGUUCUUUGGGUUCCAUAUUUUCCACAGUCCCCUUCAAGUCUAGCUGGAUUGCAGAGUUAAUUUUAUGAUUAUAAAUAAAAACUAAGUAAGAAAAAAAAGAAGGGCCUAAGUUAUGCUAUAUAAUGUGAUGUGUGCAGACUGG